GCUAUUUAGACAAAAGAUUCUGCAAUUGUAGUAUAUGAAUACAUUGAUUUCAAAGGACUUUUUGGAUGGUUAUGGAAAAGCCACUGUCACUUAAAUUGCAUGUUGCUUUAUAGUAGCUUGAUUGUCUGUUAUACAUCACAUUGUGACGAAAGUGGUUUAUCACAUGCAUACCACAUGCUGUAGAAGAGCAAUCCUACUACUCUGGAGUGGUGACUUCCUGCAGAAGAACAUGGCCCCUCCUUUAGAAUGUGCUUCGCUGAAUGUUUAUGCGUUGCCUGGAAACCGAAUUUUAACACCGAACAUUAAUUGACGAAACUCGCCGUACUCUUCAUCGCCUCGCGCCAAGUUUGCUUCUUUAGAAAUGCAAAGAUAAUAGAUGAGAUAAAGUUUGAAAAUGGAUAUUAAUAGGUCUGGCGCUGACUCAGGUGAACUGUCUGCUUCAUGUUUGAAUGAAAUGCCCUUUAAUACGCUCCAAGAUCAAGUGGAUGUUUUAAAGAGGAGGCUACAAGACAAAGAAGACAUGAUUUUGGCUCUGACAUCAGACACUAAGUACUCAGAGGGAAGGAAGGAGGCUGAGCAGCAGCCCAGAGACGCAGGAAGGAGAUACCAGGACGUCGCCUUCCGAUUGGCUGACAGAUUGUCCAUCAAUCUGAAAGGGAAUGAAGAUCCACUGGAUUUUAUUGUGCAGCUGGUUGACACGCUCUGCGAGGAGAAAGGCAGGAGAAGGAGCGAGAUGAACAGCCUGAGGAACUCCGUGGCGGCCAGUGAGGUGGAGUGCAGGGCCAGCCGGCAGACGGUGAUGCGGCUGGUGGCUGAGGUGCGACGAGAGCAGAGCCUCACGGCGGCCCGUGCCGAGGAGGUAGAGACACUCAGAAAGGACUUCGACCAGGCUCUGCUGGCCAAGAGGAAGACUGAGGCGGAAAGCCAGGCCCUCAGGGAGAAGCUGGAGUCAGGCCAGCGCGCCCUAGCAGACUCCCAGCAGGAAGCCGACCGCCUGGGCAGGCAUUCCCAGGAGCUGAGCCGACAGCUGCGCCGCAGCCAAAUUGAGGCCCAGGCUGUGAAGGCCCUCCUGCGGGCCUUUGGGGAGGAAGUGACAGAGCACAUCCGUGACCAGAGCAGUCCGGCCUCAGAGGAGGAUGUUCAAAAAAAACUCAGGGAGCUCUGUAGAAGCAGAGAAACUGGCGCUGAGAAUAUUCCAGAAAUCGAGGACAAUCUGUCUGAGGUUUUGAGGGAGCUUGCCAGGCUGUUUGGUCUCCACCAGGGGGUGCUAGAGAGAGCCCAUUCAGCCGAGCAGCAGGUGCAGGAGCUAGGAAGGCGGCAGAAGGAGCUGGAGGCGGAGCUGCUGACGGCGGACGUGCUCCGCGACGGGCUGAGCCGUGAAAGGCACAGCAACCUGCGCUUCCUCGGUCAGCUGUCGGAGAAGCUGAAGCUGGAAAGGGUUGCUGCAGAAGUGGGCUUUGACAUGCAGGCGGAGGCGAUUGUGCUGCGCGUGGAGCAGCUAGUGAAGCAGGAAGAGCGUGCUUUGGUGGAAAGCAGGACUCUCGCGCGUGAUCUGCAGAGGAAGACGAAGGCCCAGCGAGAGCAGCUACAGAGCAAGGAGCUGCACAUGGACAUGCUGCGCCGGAAGGUGGCCCAGCUGGAGGAGGAGAAGCAGAGCCGCUCGGCGCUGGCCGUGGAGCGCGACGACGCUCAGCUGACAGCCCGCAAGCUGCAGAAGAAGGUGGAGAGGCUGCAGAAGGAGCUGGAGGCCUUGCACCACUCAGACACUGAGCUUAAAGCCCGGCUUUGUCAUACCAAUGAGCUCAAGGUCAAAGUCCUGGAGCAGAAUCAGACCAUCGAAGUCCAGGGCAAGAGCCUUGACAGACUGCAGAAGGAGAAGGCAAAGGCGGCAGAGAGGUUAGCCACGGAGAAGUGCGAGAUGGAGAGCAGAUAUCAGGAAGCCGUGGUGGGCCAGCAGCAGGUACAGCGAUCUCUGCAGAGUCGCUCCAGCGAGCUGAGGAUUCUCCAGCAGACCGUAGAGGAGCUCACUGAGAAGGAGAGACGGUUGACAGACUUCCGUAAGGUAGUGGCCAGCAUGCUCGGCCUGGACAUCAACACAUUGGCUGUGCCCGACUACGAGAUCAUCAAGACGCUGGAGGAGUUUCUCCAUGCGCUUCCCCACACGCACCGGCUUUGCCGAUGCCUGGAUCACCCCCAUCGCCAGCUCACUUUGGACUAGGCCCUGUCUCGGUAUACCAACACAUAGAACAUCUGGGAACCUCCUCCACAUGCGGCUCUUUAUGGCCGCAUUUCUAUGUAAAAAUUCACCAGUACUCUGAGCGCAAACUUUAUUUGCUUUCCUAUUGUAACAAUUGCACAUUAAAGUCCAAAAUCACAAAUAACUGUCAUAAUCAGAAUAUGGAAAAUUGUUUUUUAUUAUAUCUUGAUUGUUAUACUAUAAAAUACACUAUAUGGACUAAAGUACUGGGAUACGCCUCUUAAUCGAUGAAUUUAGGUGUUUCAUUCAGACCCAUUGCCACAGGUGUAUACAGUGAAGUACCUGGCCAUGCAGUCAGGUGUACAAACAAUUGUGAAAGAAUGAGUCAUUUUGAAGAGCUCAGUGAAUUCAAGCGUGGUUCUGUCAUAUGGUGGCAGCUAUUAUGUAAUUUCUUCCCUACUAGAUAUUCGACGGUCAUCUGUAAAUGGUAUUGCAAAGUGGAAGCAUUUAGGAACAAGAGAAAAUCAGCCAUGAAGUGACAGACCAUGUAAAGUAACAGAGCGGGGUCUCUGAGUGCUGAGGUGCACGUUCUGUUGAUUCAGUAACUGCAGAGUUCCAAACUUCCCCUGGAAUUAACCCCAGCCCAAAAACUGCGCACUGGGAGCUUCAUGGAAUGGGAUUACUUCACCAAGCACAAUACCAAGCGUUGGGUGGAGUGGUGUAAAGUACGGCAUCACUGGACUCACUGGAGCAGUGGAAACAUGUUCUGUGUAGUGACAAAUUAUGCCUAAUGGAUGAGUCUGGUUUUGGCGUAUGUUAGGAAACCAUUACCUGCCUGACUGCAUUGUGCCAACUGUAAAGUUUGGUGGAGGAGGGAUAAUGGUAUGGGGUUGUUCUUCAGGGGUUGGGCUUGGCCCCUUAGUUCCAGUGAAGGGAAAUCUUAAUGCUUCAGCAUGCCAAGACAUUUUGGACAGUUCCACAUUUCAAACUUUGUGGGAAGAGUUUGGAGAUGGCCCUUUUCUGUUCUAGCUUGACUGUGCCUCACUGCGCAAAGGAAGAUCCAUAAAGACAUGGUUAGGUGAGUUUGAUGUAGAAGAACUUGAAUGACCCCAUUGAAUACCUUUGGGAUUGACUAGAAUGGAGAUUGCGAGCCUGGACUUCACGUUUAAACUCAGUGCCGGACCUCGCAAAUGCUCUUCUGGCAAAAAUCCCCACAGACACACUCCAUAAACUUGUGGAAAGCCUCCCCAGAAGAGUGGCAGCUGUUACAGCUGCAAAGGAGGGACCAACUCCAUAUUGGUGCCUAUGGAUUUAGAAUCGGAUGUCAUAAAAGUUCCUGUAGGUGUAAUGGCCAGGUGUCCCAGUACUUUUGUCCAUGUAUGCACCGGAAAAUAAUUUAGUCAUUUUUGGUUGCCAAAGUAUUAUGAAUUAUCGCAAAUGUCAUUUGUGUAAUUAAAACUGUAUGUGGUCAUUUAUCUUUGAGGACAGAAAAGAAUAUUUUCCAAAUCACUGUGACAUUGUGGCACUAGCUUGUCUUUGUUGUUUCUUCAUUUUUUCCCCCCUCAUUUUUCGCUCCUUUCAUUGAGGAACACUAAUCUCCCUGGAUUACAACUUGACCUGACACUGUUAAGGUUGUUCUUUACGAUAUGUACAUCAUAUUCAGCCUCUUACCCAGUAAUCUGAUAACAUGCUGCCAUUUUGGCUUCGCAAA